AUUUCUUGAUAGUGGAGAUGGAAGGCAAGAAUCAGACUGUGUUGCUGAAUGACAAUGUCACCAUCUCCUGCAAGGUCCCUGGUUCCACACCCCUGAACAUCAAGGGUAUGGGUGUUAUCUGGUAUCGGAAGCAUCAGGUAGAUGAAACAGAGCACAAGGUGUUUGAAAUGUAUGGAAACUAUCAAAAGGCAUUCAGAGCCGGAGCCAGCGUGUCUCCAGUGGGGCUAGAGAAAGGGGACGCCUCACUGCACCUUUCUGGAGUCAAGCCGAGGGACGCAGGAGAGUACCGAUGUGAGGUGGUGGUCACCCCCGAGAAGGCCCAGGGAACAGUCUUUCUAAAGGUUUUGGCUUCCCCAAAGUGCACCUUGUUUCAAGAACAAGCCACGACGAAAGAUGAUGGUGACAAAUAUAUUUUGUGUAAGGCAAGUGGGUUCUACCCAAAGGACAUUAACAUAACAUGGUAUAUAUAUACCCAGGAGAAUCCCCAGGGCCAGGAGAUUUCUGAAGGCAUCACCAAUGGUCCAGCCAUCAAGAAUGAGGACGGCACAUUUAAUAAAACCAGCUGUUUGAGGCUUGAACACAAUGUGGUCACCUGCCAAUGUGUGAUAAGACACAUAUCCUUGCCCACCUCCUGCAGGUCCAACUUCCCCAUGUCUUGGAUAG